AUGGAAGGAAAUGGAGGAAAAGUUGUUUGGGAUAAAAAUUCAAAGCGAAAAAUAUUAAAAAGUGAAGUAAUUCCGGGACCUCAUCCAAUUCCAAUUCUCGGAAACGGGCAUGAAUUCCAUAAAAUCGGAUCUGAAGCAAUUCUACAAAAAUUUCUCGAAUAUCGAAAAUUAUAUGGACCAAUUUUCAGAUUUUAUAUCGGGAGUAAAAUGUGGAUUUCAGUCGCUGAACCCGAAAUUCUUGAAGUAAUUUUAAUUUUUUUUCUUAAUUUUGGACACGAUUAUCGCUUUCUCGUUCCGUGGCUUGGCACAGGUUUAGUUACGGGAAAUGGUCAGAAAUGGUUUUCACGGCGAAAGGCAUUGACUUCGGCUUUUCAUUUUCAAAUUUUGGAUGGAUUUGUUGAUGUUAUGGAUCGUCAAGCGACUGUUUUGGCAGAAAAAUUGAAACAAAUGCCCGAAAAUGAGGGUUUUGACAUCACGAAACCCGUUUCGUUGUACGCUUUGGAUGUGAUUUGUGAAACCGCCAUGGGCACAAAGUUGAAUGCCCAAAAUGAUGCCGACUCGGAGUACGUCAAAGCUGUUAUCGAGCUUUCAUCAAUUUUGUAUCAACGGUUGUUUUCCGCAUCGCAACGCUUCGAUCUGAUCUUCAAAUGUACCCGAGCUGGACGACGACACGACGAAUUGGUGAAAUUUUUACACGAUUUCGCGAUAAAUGUCAUCCGAGCACGCAGAAAACAGUUGUUUGGCGAUGUAAAUGCGAACCAGAUCGAUGCUACUGAUGAUUUUGGUAUCAAAAAACGCAUGGCAUUACUUGAUUUAUUAUUAAAGACAAAAAUCAACGGGAUCCCAUUGACUGACGAUGACAUUCGCGAGGAAGUUGAUAGUUUCAUGUUUGCGGGACAUGAUACCACAACAUCCGCCCUCAGCUUCUUGUGUUACAAUUUGGCGCGCCAUCCAGCGAUUCAAGCAAAAGUUUACGACGAAAUCUGUGGAUUAGUCUUGGAUUCGGGCAAAAUCAAGAUAAAGCAAUUUUCUUUGAAAUUGUUCCCCAGGCAAUUAAACGAACUAAAGUAUCUGGAUUUAGUGAUAAAGGAAAGUUUGAGAUUGCAUCCGCCAGUGCCGUUUGUUGCCCGAAAGUGUUCAGAGGACAUGAUUUUUGGCGGGAAAAUUUUUCCAAAGGGUUCGGAUAUUUCGUUGGCAUUUUAUUUGUUGUCUCGAGAUGAACGAUUUUUCAAGGAUCCGGAGAAAUUUUUGCCGGAAAGGUUUGAUUUGAAUGAAAAUCCGGAGAAAUUGCAUCCUUUUGCUUUUACGCCGUUUUCUGCGGGACCGAGAAAUUGCAUUGGUCAAAAAUUCGCCUUGUACGAAAUCAAAACGGCAAUCGUGAAAAUUCUCCAAAAUUUCGAAUUAUCUUUAGCUGACGACUCAUUCCAACCGAUUAUCGAAGGAGAACUUGUGCUUAAGUCCCAAAAUGGCAUUCAACUGAAGGUAACACAACGUCACUAA